GUUUCUCUGCUGGAGCUCCGUGGGCUGUUGCCACGCGUAACGCUCUCUCCACACUGAUCACCGCCACACCGAGCUCGCGGAUCUUAUUUACCUGAACCUUUCCGUACACGUGAAUGAAAAAAAUGCGUCUUAGUUCGGAGUGAUUCCUCGUCAUGACCUCCCCGGGCUGCCCCUCCAGCUGAAUGGGAUCCCCGAUAGCUCGUUUUGGCACCGACUGACUCUGCUGCUUCCUCCGCUGCUCCAGAGCCGAAACAUUCCCGGAUCUGUUCGCUGUUUGUGUCUCUUUUCAUCACUUCAUGAAUGGUUUGAUGUGAAAUCCGCCUGUCUGAUCGGCAGAAGAGCGACGACGCCAAAUCUACGGUAGCCUGCGCGUCAGGGCCGAGGCCAUGGGGGGAUCCAAGAGUAAACCCAAGGAUGUAGGCCAGCGAACCCGCAGCCUGGAUGGAAACCUCAGCUCGGGGGGAGGAGCCGGCGGCCACCACCUCAACUCCACUCAGCAGUCUCUAACCCCCAACCGCAGCCCGACUGUGGACGCAGGCCUCAGUGGGAAUCAGUCCAUGACCAAUAAUGCCGAGUUAGCCCUGUUUGGAGGCGUGGACAACAACAGCGUCACCUCUCCCAACAGAAUCACACUGGCAGGAGGCGUAACAACUUUUGUGGCGUUGUACGACUAUGAGUCCAGAACGGCCUCAGAUCUGUCAUUCAGGAAGGGCGAACGCCUCCAGAUAGUCAACAACACGAGGAAGGUGAACUGCAGGGAAGGGGACUGGUGGCUGGCGCGCUCCCUGACCACCGGAGAGAGCGGUUACAUCCCCAGCAAUUAUGUGGCUCCAUCCGACUCCAUCCAGGCAGAAGAGUGGUACUUUGGUAAAAUCACUCGCCGUGACUCUGAGAGACUGCUGCUCAGUUUGGAGAACAGGAGAGGGACUUUCCUGGUGCGAGAGAGUGAGACCACCAAAGGUGCCUACUGUCUGUCUGUGCUGGACUAUGAUAACACUAAAGGGCUGAAUGUGAAGCACUACAAGAUCAGGAAGCUGGACAGCGGAGGGUUUUACAUCACAUCACGUACGCAGUUCAGCAGCCUGCAGCAGCUCGUCAACCACUAUCGCAAGCACGCCGACGGCCUCUGUCACAGCCUGACGGACAUCUGUCCUGUACUGAAGCCGCAGACUCAGGGCUUAGCCAAGGAUGCCUGGGAGAUCCCGAGGGAGUCCCUCCGUCUGGACCUCAAGCUGGGACAGGGCUGCUUUGGAGAGGUCUGGAUGGGAACGUGGAACGGUACGACUCGGGUGGCCAUAAAGACCCUGAAGCCCGGCACCAUGUCCCCUGAAGCGUUCCUCCAGGAGGCCCAGGUCAUGAAGAAGCUGAGACACGAGAAGCUGGUUCAGCUGUACGCUGUGGUGUCUGAGGAGCCGAUCUACAUCGUCACCGAGUACAUGGGACAAGGUAGCUUACUAGACUUCCUGAAAGGUGACAUGGGUAAGAUGCUCCGCCUCCCUCAACUGGUUGACAUGGCGUCACAGAUUGCUUCAGGGAUGGCGUACGUGGAGAGGAUGAACUACGUGCACAGAGACCUCAGAGCUGCUAACAUCCUGGUGGGAGAUAACCUGGUCUGUAAAGUGGCUGACUUUGGUCUGGCUCGUCUCAUUGAGGAUAAUGAGUACACCGCCAGGCAAGGAGCCAAGUUUCCCAUCAAGUGGACAGCUCCUGAGGCCGCUUUGUACGGCCGCUUCACCAUUAAAUCUGAUGUCUGGUCAUUUGGGGUCCUGCUGACGGAGCUGGCCACUAAAGGCAGAGUGCCGUAUCCAGGUAUGGUGAACCGUGAAGUGCUGGACCAAGUGGAGCGCGGCUACAGGAUGCCGUGUCCAGCUGAGUGCCCUGAAUCCCUGCACGAGCUGAUGCUGAGCUGCUGGAGGAAAGAGCCCGAGGAGAGGCCCACCUUUGAGUACCUGCAGGGCUUCCUGGAGGAUUACUUCACCUCCACAGAGCCUCAGUACCAGCCGGGGGAGAACCUGUAACUCCGGCUCAACUGUGGAAACAUGCAUGUGUCAGUGCAUGUGCAAAACUGUGCAUGUGCAUCUACUUCAGAGGGUUUGUGUGUACAGAAUAACUGGGCAGGACUGCAUUCUGGGUACAAUCAAUAACUGUCUGACAUUUCCAAGUGUCAGCGGGACAUCAAACCAAUCAGUAACUUUCAAUCCUGCCACUUUCCAAAGUCAUACUCUCCUCAAAGGGACUGUUUAUAAAGGAUCAAUGUGGUAUUAUUUUGACUUUAUCAUACAGUACUUUAUUAUGUUUGUCAGACCAACUCCCAGCACAGCCUAGCAGGUUUUUCUACCUUCCUUGUGGUGCCCUAAUUAUAUACAUUCCCCAUGCACUUCUAUUGUGUUUAUCCAUCUGACUGCAUUGUGUAGUAUGCCUGCUUUAAUGCUGCAAAUAAAACAACAGUAGAACACAAUGGACAGUCAAAUUUGGGAGAAUGAAUGUUAAACUUCCUGCAGGAUGUCUUUUUUUCCUGCAAGUUCUUUGGGAUACCCACACGCUCAGUCUGUCUUCCAUGUUUGCCACUUCAGACUAUCUUUGCCAGGAAUUUGGGUCGUCAUUUUUCUUUUAUUUAACCUGGAUCAACUGGAAUAUCUUCAGGUGAACUCAACCUUUUUUGUAACCUUGCUUCUCCUGUGCAACUUUAAGUUCCCCACUGCUGUGAGAUUUUUUGAGACUAACACUUGAGUGUUAAGUCUUGCACGCCCUUUGGAUUAAUUCUUUCCUCGCUGUGACCAACAUACAGCUCGACACCAAGAAGAGAAGAGCCCUCUCUAUUUUCUAAAUGUGACUUUUCUAGUGAAACAAAAAGGCUACUGAUCACUAAGAGUCAUCUCAGGAUGGAGACGACUUCUGCUGCAAGGACUUUAGUGCCAAUGAGAAUCUUCUUUUUGUACUCUUCUUCUACUGCUGUGUAAAAGUGUAUUUUACUACUCUGGACUUUUCUUACAAUGAGUUUGUAAGCAGAGGUUCUUCUUCCACUGUUUUGAGAUCCUGCACAUGUGUACAGAAACAACCGGAUCACCAGCAUGGUUUCAAGAUGCUGAUUUUUCAAGGAUUUCAAGGAUUCAGAUUAAAAAAUCAGGUGUAUCUUCCUUUUUUGUGUCUCUUUUCAGUUUCUGUGAAGAUUUCUAUUUGGUGCAUUGAUGCACAAACAUACACUGGAAAUCUCUGCUCUCAGUGAGGAUUUUAAUUAUGCCUUGCUUUCGCCAGUAGGGGGCAGACUAGAAAACCUUCCCAUCAAACUGCUUGUACAGCAAUCAAAUUGGCAUCUUGAAACUGAAUUGUAUAUAUCUUUAAUGCAUAUAUUUUUUGUAUAUAUAUCAUCUUUGUAAUUUAUUCCUAUUAAGAUAACCCAAUUGUUUAUUUUUCUUUCACCAUCAUCAGUCAAACUUUAAUAUUUGUGGUACUUUUAUGGGUUGAAUAACAUCCAAUAAUAAUGAUAUAAAUAUAUAUUACAGAAACACUUUUACAUUACAUUACAUAUGUUUUUGUGCACGUAUUUCUGUGAAACUUCUCUUGGUUGUACAUUCUCAAAAUGACUGACAGAGCUGCUCUGAGUCCCAAGAGUUAUGGUUGUCAUGAUGUGAGAAUUUAAACUCUAAAAUACAUGGAUAUUUUUAAUUGAUACCUUUUGAUACCAUGGCAAAAACUGUAGAAGACCUAGGCAUGCAUUACUUAGGAUUUUCUUGUCUGUAAUUAUUGCAAAUUGCAGGUAAACUCUUGCACACUUUUUGGUACAAAAGUGUCUAUCCAACCAUCCAUUGCCCCUCACCUAUCCAGGGCCAGGUCAUGGUGGCAGCAAGUCAACCCAAACAUCCUUCUUCCUCAGUGACAUUUCCCAGAUUCUCCCGGGGGAUUCCAAAGUGUUCCCAGGCAGAAUCCCUCAAGUGAGUUCUGGAUCUUACCUGAGGAUUCCUUACUUGGACAUACCUGGAAGACCUUCAUAGAGGUGAUCAGGAGGCAUCCUGGUCCAAUGCACAAACCACACCUGCUGACUCCUUUCUAGGGGUCAAAUGAUAUUAGUUUUCAGGGCCGUUUACCGAUAUUUGGAACCCAUCCAUCAGUUUUCUACACCGCUUAUCCCAUUGGGGGUUGCAGGAGGCUGGAGCUUAUCCCAGCUGUCUUUGGGUGAGAGGUGGGGUGCUCCCUGGACUGGUUGCCAGUCAAUCGCAGACUUGGCAUAUAAAGCUGGCUCGCUCACACUCACACCUAACAAUUUACAGUGAUCAGUCAAUGUAAUGAGCAUGUCUUUGGUGGUGGGAGAAAGCCAGUGUACCUGGAGAGAAUCCAUGCAUGCACGGAAAGUACAUGCAAACUCUGCACAGAGUUCAACAGUGCUAAGCACUCUGCUACCAUGCAGCCUGGUAUUUGGAACCAGUGUACAUUUAUCAUGAUGUAGAAAUUGAUUUCAUGUGUGCAUAAUCAAAAGAAAGAAGGAAAAUGAACUAUUUAGCCCCAGCUCUUGCAGUAGCAGCAGGUAAACAGGAAGUGAUUCCAUAUGCUCACUAUGUCAGUGGCACCUAAGCCUCAGUGUUGAUUGGCUGGUACUUGUGACAUCUAGCCAAUCAGAUUGUGCUGUACAGGACAUUUGGUGAGACUUUGGAGAGUGAAAAUAAAUCCAGAAGGGAAGACACACCUUGCAGUGAAGACAAAGCAGCACACUUGGAUUAUUUCAUUUGAUUGAUUGUCUGUAAAAUAAAACAAAGAUACUGACAAUCGACCAAAUAAUGGCCUCAACAAUCAGCCAGGUCAUUAAUUGAUGGAUCCCUACUCCUUUCACUGCAAAGGCAGUUUUUAACCUUUAUUUAUAUAUAUAUAUAUAUAUAAUUUAUUUUAUCAGAGCUGCUCAGAUAUCACACCUCCUUACCCUACCUCUGAGGCUGAGCACAGCCAUCCUCUUAAGGAAUCUCAUUUAAACUGCAUGUAUCCACAAUAUCAUUCUUUUGGUGACUUUACUAAGCUCAUGACCGUAGAUCAGGGUUGGAAGUAAGAUCGCCUCCUGGCUCAGCUCCUACUUUGCCAUGAUGACCUUGUACAGCAUCUGCAAUACUGCAUAUCCUGCACCAAGUCCAUCUGUCAAUCUCACGGUCCAUUCUACCCUCACUUGUGAAUAAAACCUCAAGAUACUUGACCUCCCUCACUUGGGGGAAAGAGAGCAAUCCACCGUUUUCUCAGCAGAGAACAAUCAUGACCUCAGACUCGGAGGUGCUGACCCUCAUCACAGCUGCUUCACACUCCAAUGCCUGCUAGAGGAUGGCAGCUGAGGAAGCCAGUGCUUUUGUGCAAUUUAGACAGUGUGCAGAAUUUUGCCUGCAAUUUAGGAUGCAUUAAUUCUGCUGCUGUGCAACUGUCUCAUGAAAUAGAUGCAGGUUUUUGGUACUUUUUGCCAUUAUCAAUCAUCAAAUUAAUGUAUCCUAUCAUUUUAUAACUAGGGCUGUCAAGAUCAAUUGCAUUAAUGAUGAUUAACUUUUUAAUUGCAUGCUUUCUUGUCAAUUUCAGCACACUUUAGUUAAGUCGCUGCAGCAUCUCAUUGCAGCCACAAUGUAAAGAAGGUUCAACACUGCUCCUUAACUCACUGCUUUCACUUUCAAAAGCUCAAAGACAGCUCAGCAGACAAGAAAAAAAUCAUCUGCACCUUGUGCAAUCAAACAUUUACCUUUUUACUGUGCUUUUAUUUCCUUUCAAUCCAUAACAAGUUCCUUUUCCAGGUCUGUUUGAAACAUGAAAUCAGUUACCCCUAGGUUAAGACAGUAGAAAAAUCCAAAAUGACACCAUAACAGUUUUAAAUGCAUAAUAAUUACUCACGAUUGACUGCAGAAGUUCUGAGAUUAAUUGUGAUUAAAGUUAUAAUCAUUUGACAGCCCUAUUUAUAACCCGUGGUAUCAAAAAGUAUCAAUGCAUUGACGGCUUUGACAACCUUAUCAUGACUCUCUUUUUGUUUUUGGAGCCAGUUCUGUCGUGCCAGAUACUGAUCAUCCACCAGCAUUACUCUUCCGCAAUCAAAACCACAAAUGUUUACAUCCUGAUAACCUUCUAAAUUAUUUCGAUGCUGCUUCGGUGUGGAGAUGAGCAGGAAAUCAUUCACCUGAUCAACAUCAUCCAUAAAGCACGACUGAUCACGAUAAUUUGACUCUGUGCAGACGGAAACGUGAGUGCAAUGAGUGGAAGAAAUCUGACAUCUGUGUAGCAUCGCUGUCCUGUGGUUGUGGGUUAGGGUGGCGCAUUGACCUGUGUGGGUGUCUUUGGGUUGUCUGGCAUCGUCCCGUCUCCCUGAGCAAAAACGUGGAAAAAGUUGCAUGGAAAGGUCAAACUGUGUAUGCAGCCUUGCUUAAAUGCUGAGGAUGCUUCCUGUGGGGAUACUGUGGGUCUUCUUCUGGCUAUGCAGAUCUUUUUUAAAAUCUGUGAUGUUCAUACAGUAUAUUUACUCUUUUCUACUGUAACCAAUGGGAGUUUUCGUAUGAAUCACUCUUUGUAAAAUCCUACUGAAUUGUUCAAAUUUGAAAGUACAUUUGAAUAAAAUUUGUAUAUUGCCA